AAAUUUCAAAAUCGAAAUAAGCGACUUUCGAUAACACUGAUUCGAAUAUCGAUGCUAUUCUUUCUAAUCUAAUCUUCACUUCGUCAAAUUGAAAAUCGCGCGAGUUUACCGUAUAAUUCGAAAAUAUCACAGUAUGCCAAAUACGAAGAGAAUUUAACGUCCGAAUUCAAGUACCUUGGACAGACUUUUAAUGAGUCAAUUCAUUUCGGUACAAGUUGGACAAUGUGGAAAUCAAAUUGGUUCAGCGUUUUGGCCUUUGGCGUUACACGAGUACGGUAUACAAACAACAAAUACUGGGAUGAAUUUACUUAAAACGCAACGAAGACACAUUAAAGAUAUGAGCGAUUUGUCUGAUGCGUUUGAUAGUUUCUUUGUUAUACCUGAGAAUACACGCAAUUUAUGCUUUAAAAGUAUAACCGACUUAAAACGAGCUAAAGUCAAAGCUAGGGCAAUAUUGAUAGAUAUGGAGGAUAGUGUCAUAGGAGGGUUAAGGAGAGGACCUGUGCGUGACUUGUUUGAUCAGACUUCCAUUGUAACAAAUUAUCCAGGCUCUGCGAAUAAUUGGUAUUUAUCUUUUGCUUUCUUCGAUUACCUUGGUAUAUUCUUGGACAAAACAAAUAUUACAGAUAUAUUUUGUAGGGCUGUAGGUUAUCAUACCUAUGGUACAGAGUAUCAUGAUAAAUUAGAAGAUACUAUCAGACGUAUGGUAGAAGAAUGUUCUAGGUUACAUGGUUUUCUAAUAAUGCAUUCUCUUGGAGGUGGUACUGGUUCUGGAUUAGGAACAGCUGUUCUAAAGCUACUGGUCAAUAAUUAUCCUACUGUAGAUAGACUAGUAUCUUGCGUAUAUCCAAUUGUUAUGCAAGAUGUUGUUACAGCUCCAUAUAAUGUAUUGUUGUCAACUCGAGAGCUUAUAGAUUAUGCGACUUGUGUAUUUCCUAUCGAAAACGAAUCCCUUUUGGAUAUAUGCAAUGCACAAUUGAAAAUAAAAAGUAACACAGAUCAGAUAAACUAUAAUAUCUCGUGUAAACCAUUUCAAGAUAUGAACAGCAUUGUUGCAAAUAUGCUUCUUCAUUUAACAAGCGGAUCUAGGUUCCCUGGCAAUUUAAAUAUGGAUAUGAACGAAAUGGCGACGAAUCUUGUACCGUACCCAAAAUUACAUUAUAUAUUUAGCAGCGUUAGUCCAUUAGCAUUAUCAGCGCCGACGAUGUGCAAUAUGCGAGAAACAAAGCUAAUAGAUGAAAUAUUUACCAAUGCAUGGUCACGAAAUAAUCAAUUGAUUAAAAUAGACCCGCUACGAUCAGGUUCUAUGAUUUUAAGCGCUGCACAUAUCGCUAGAGGAAACUGCCCCGUAAACGAUUUAAAACGAAACAUCGAGAGAUUUCGGAAAAAAGUUACGUUCACAGAGUGGAGCAACGAAGCUAUGAAAGUAGGUUUGUGUUCUGUACCUCCAGCUGGGCACUCAACCUCUUUGUUGAGUCUUUUAAACUCUUCCUCGAUGAUAUCGUUAUUUAAAAACAUAAUAGGACAGUUUACUAGACUGUAUAGAAGGAAGGCACAUGUGUAUCACUACACGCAAGUAUGCGGUUUCGAAGAAACACAUUUCAUUGAUAGUAAAGAGGUAAUCUCAAACUUAAUUAUGCAGUACACAGAAGUGCAAAGCCAAACUCAGAAGAAUAUUUCUCGGUUACAGAUCGUUUAAAUUCUUAGAUUAGACAAUUUUAUUUAACUUGAUCUAUACAUUAACAACAUGAACAGAAAGCAAUAAAAAUAUAUUAACAUAGCAUAUCUA